AUGGGUUCUUUAUGUAAUUUUUGUGGAGACCAGAGAUCCUUGGUGUACUGCCGCUCCGACGCUGCUUCCUUAUGUUUGUCGUGUGAUCGAAAUGUUCAUUCCGCUAAUGCACUUUCUAAGCGUCAUUCAAGAACACUCGUAUGCGAGAAGUGUAAUUUACAACCUGCAUAUGUGAGGUGUGUUGAAGAGAAAGUUUCAUUUUGUCAGAAUUGUGAUUGGUCGGCUCAUGGUACUGAUCCAUCUUCUUCAACACACAAACGACAAUCAAUCAAUUGCUACUCUGGCUGUCCUUCGGCUUCCGAGCUUUCUUCUAUAUGGCCCUUUUUCUCGGACAUCCCUUCUACGGGCGAAGCAUGUGAGCAGAAACUCGGUUUGAUGAGCAUUAAUGAGAACUGCGAUAAUAAAGCUCGGGUUUCUCCAGAGAGCAAGAACGUGUCUGGCUCAGCUCAAGUCGCCGAUCUACCCAGCAAGGAUAAGUCUGCAGCCGGCAAAUCUUCAGUAACCGAGUCACAUGCAGAACCUCGUAUUCUUGACCAGCCACCUCAACCUUCCGAUGAAUGUAUGCCCAAGUUACAAUGUCUUGGUAGUAUGGCAUCUGCACUUUGUGAAGAUGAUAAUUUGUACGACGGUUUCAACAUAGAUGAUAUGGAUCUUGAACUUGAGAACUAUAAGGAAGUUUUUUCUUAUGCUCUCAAUAACUCCGAAGAGUUUUUCCGAAAAGGGCAGUAUUGA